AUGAAUUUAGGACGUCUGAUACUUUUGCUAUGGUACUGUAUCUAUAAUAAUAAAGCUGUAAAUCAUUAUGGUUUUACUGUUUUACAGUUUAUGGCAUUUAUGGACAACAAUAUGCUAUGUUACAUAACUACAUUAUUUUUACCUGGAAACUCCGAAAGGCAAGAAGCAUAG